AUAUUUUUUUGGAUAUUACAAAUUAAAGUCAAAAUUAAAAGUGAAUUAUCUACAAAAUGCAUCACGUGGUUAGAACAUUUUCAAAGUCUUCUCAUUUUAAUUACGAUAAGCAAGGAAAAGAUUGGAAUGUGAAGGUUGGUACAGAGCAGUCACCCAUUUCACUGGAAAAGGAGAAAGCUGUUUGGUCAGUGGCGCCAAGACUAAAGUUCAUCAACUACAACAAAACAUUGAGCGGGCCAUUAAAACUAACCAAUAAUGGACACACUGUCACAAUGGUCAUACCACCCGUAGACGAUGGCAAUCAUCCGUCUGUUUGUGGAUGUAAACUGGAUUGCAUUUACAAGGCCGUACAGCUUCAUUUCCAUUGGGGAUCGCCAAAAAGCAAGGGCUCCGAACAUAUGAUAAACUCUUCCCGAUAUGAUGCCGAACUUCACAUCCUGCAUCAGAACUAUGCAUACGCUUUGCAAAACAAUGCCAUAAGCUCUCCAGAUGGAUUUGUUGCAUUGGCAAUAAUGUUGAGAUCUGUACCAGAGUGCCCGAAUGAAACACCGGGGAUUCUAGACAAACUGUUUGUUGAGCUAAAUCGCGUCAGGGAUUAUAAUACAACUUCGACAUACGAAGGACCUUUUUGUUUGAGAGAUAUAUUAAAUGGAAUGGAAAGGAAAGAGUUCUUUGCCUACAGAGGUUCCCUUACCACACCCCCCUGCACUGAAACGGUAAAUUGGUUUGUGUUCCCUAACCCCGUUGAUGUAUCAGAAAAAAGUCUAAAAAACUUUUGGUUACUGAAGGACGAUCGUGGACUUCCAUUACUUAACAAUUAUCGUGAAAUACAAAGUCUCCACCAGCGUACUGUGUAUUAUCGAAACGAAACUGCAAAUUUUUGAGUUCAGUAGCUAACGGCAACUUUGGCAUUUUAACAACAACAAUUUUAUUGUUGUUUUUUUUAACUUUUUAUAUUUUUUGUUAAUUUUGAUAUUACACUCUUUUUUUACUUUCUCUGUUUGAUCCACGUAGGAAUUUGAGUAAAAUUUAAAAAUGUUCUUCAAUUUGCGAACCAAACUUGACAGCCCUUUAAUGUUUCGCCAAGACUAUUAAAACAAGUUGGCAGCACUGCUAUUAUACUAUA